CAUUCCUGCGCAUGUGUAGUAAAUAAAGUAGGGAUGUCUUACCGACCCAACAAAAGGGGCCCAAUAUUCCUGUGCCGGUUAGACUCAGUUGUAGCACUCGCUUUAAGUGAUUGUGGAGUAUUCUGUUUUAUUCUAUUAUUACUAUAAUACUUCUAAAAGAAAACGAAAUAUUAUAUUUCAAAUAAACAUGGCAACGACGUUGUUACGAACGGGUCUUCGAUACGUGAUAUCAAACGGAGUUUUUGAAAAAAGAACUAUUUCAGUUUUGUGCAAUGGAAUAAUGGCCGGCGAACAAAACAUUCAGCUGCCGCAGCAGAAACUGCAAUGUCAUGAUCUCGAUAUUAUACGACGAAUGUAUAGCAAAAGGAGUGUACAUCAUACAGGAAUUUCAACGACUGCGAGCGAGCAAGAAGAAAGCGAUAGUGACUCGGACAACGAAAGAGGAGAAUCACAUUUCUGGAGGAGAAAAAUGCGUACUUUACACAGUCAUUUGGACGUUAAUAAAGAUGGAGUUAUCAGUUAUGAUGAUUUCAUGCUACUUGCAGAUCGAUUUUGCGACUUAGGGCAUUUAUCUCCAGAAGCUAAGACUGAAUUCAAAGAAGUAAUGUGUGAUAUGUGGAAGGAACAAUGGGGUGAAAUCAGUCCAUACAAUCUUAUUUGUAUUGAAAAAUACUUGGAAGAAAUGCACCACGUUCUUAAUGACUCAUCAUUAAAAAAGAAAUGUCAUCAUUUCUUACCGUUUUUAUUCAAAGCAGUAGACAAAGAUCAAAGCGGUGAAAUUUCUGUGGAAGAAUUCAAAUUAUUUUUCCAAUGUUUAGAUCUCACACAUGAUCACGCAGUUGUUUCCUUUAGUCAUAUUGAUACUAACGAUGACGGUAAAAUCAGUAUCGAAGAAUUCAUAUCACUCGGACGUGACUUUUUCUUGACAGAAGAUCCAGCAAGACCCAGUAAACACUUUUGGGGUCCACUAGUAGACUGAACAUGUUAUUGUUUUACCCUGUAACUUGUGAUAUUAAGAUACUGCGCACCAGCCCUUUUCAAAAGGACACACGAAUUUUAUAGAAAUAGUUAAAAAUAAAUUUAGUAUAUACGUGUCUGAUUCAUUAAAUUGAAAAAAAACGUUAUAUGUAACAAAAAAAUUUGUUUAAUGUUUAUGUUUGUAAGUUUGGUAAUGGUUAAAAACGUCUGUAACACGUUUAUAUUAAAAAGUACAACCAUUUAAUAACAAAUAUGAAUACUCACUUUUACAAAUGUAUGUAAUUAUAAGAAAAUAAAUAGACUGAUAAUUCUUUAA